UUUAACCCCAUUCCCGCGCUUUUGUGGUCACAUGGGCAAAUAAAGAAACAAAACAAGGAAACAUCACCAAAUACCUCAUCAUUUGUCUGAAUAUAGUUAUAAUUAAUUUGACACGGAUAUCAUGGCUGACGAACCAUCAUCUGAGCCAUUUUCAUCAGUAACGAGCCCUGCUCGAUCCCGCAGAGGGCGUGAUCCAAUCACUUCCAGCCCUGGCCGAGACCUUCCACCGUUUGAGGAUGACUCAGAGCUGUUGGACGAUGACAACCAAGUGGUGGAGGAGGAAGAUGGGGAGGAACUGUUCGGAGACCAAAUGGAAAGAGAUUACCGAGCCAUCCCAGAGCUUGAUGUAUAUGAUCGCGGUGUGAUGGACGAGGAUGAUUACUCCGACCUAUCUGAAAGUCAACGGGCAGCUGCAGAACGGGAUAUGAGACAGAGAGACAAGGAAGAAGGCAGACUGACUGGACGGAUGAGGAGGGGUCUUAUGUAUGAUGAGUCUGAUGAAGAUGAAGAGGAUAGGCCUCGUAAGAGACGGGCAGCUGAGAGGGCAGCGGAGGGAGAUAUGGAGGAUGAAGAGAUGAUUGAAAGUAUUGAAAAUUUAGAAGACAUGAAGGGUCACUCUGUAAGGGAGUGGGUGGCCAUGUUAGCCCCUAAAACGGAGAUAAAAAACCGCUUCAAGAAUUUCUUGCGGACAUUUGUUGAUUCAAAGGGCCACAAUGUCUACAGAGAAAAAAUCCGGCAGAUGGUUGAAGGUAACAAGGAGAGCCUUACAGUGGACUACAACAUGUUGGCUGAGGUGGAGCAGGUAUUGGCCUACUUCUUGCCAGAGGCCCCGACAGAGAUGCUUCAAAACUUUGAUGAGGCUGGUAAGGAGGUAGUGUUGAGCAUGUACCCAAAUUACGAAAGAAUCGCAAAAGAGAUUCAUGUGAGAAUUGCUGAGUUACCCUUGAUAGAAGAACUGCGCUCUCUCAGACAGCUGCAUCUUAACCAGCUGAUUCGUACGAGUGGUGUGGUGACAAGCUGUACGGGUGUUCUCCCCCAGCUCAACAUCAUCAAGUAUGACUGUAACAAGUGCAACUACAUCCUCGGCCCCUUCUACCAGUCACAGUCACAGGAAGUAAAGCCUGGAUCCUGCCCCGAGUGUCAAUCCACAGGUCCCUUUGAGAUCAACAUGGAGCAGACCCUGUACAAAAACUACCAGCGUAUCACCCUCCAGGAGAGCCCUGGCAAGGUACCUGCGGGCAGACUCCCGAGGUCCAAGGAUGCCAUACUGCUUGAUGACCUCACUGACAGCUGCAAACCGGGAGAUGAGAUCGAAAUGACUGGUGUGUACCACAAUAACUACGAUGGCUCCUUAAACACGUCCAAUGGUUUUCCUGUGUUUGCCACGGUCAUCCAGGCAAACUACAUAACAAAGAAAGAUGACAAACUGGCGGUGAGCAGCCUUACAGAUGAGGACAUAAAGGCCAUUGCCCAGCUCUCUAAGGAUGAGAGGAUAGGAGAGAGGAUAUUUGCCAGCGUUGCACCCUCCAUCUACGGCCACGAGGAUAUCAAGCGCGCUUUGGCUCUGGCUAUGUUUGGAGGGGAAGCCAAAAAUCCUGGGGGUAAACACAAGGUCCGCGGUGACAUUAACGUCCUGGUCUGUGGUGACCCUGGUACGGCAAAGUCACAGUUCCUAAAAUACAUCGAGAAAACUGCACCCAGGGUUGUAUAUACAACUGGUCAGGGUGCGUCAGCAGUGGGUUUGACGGCAUACGUUCAGCGGAAUCCUAUUUCCAGAGAGUGGACCCUCGAGGCUGGAGCUCUUGUGCUGGCUGAUAAGGGAAUCUGUCUUAUUGACGAGUUUGACAAGAUGAAUGACCAGGAUAGAACCAGCAUUCACGAGGCAAUGGAACAGCAGAGCAUCUCCAUCUCCAAGGCUGGUAUAGUGACCUCCCUGCAGGCGCGUUGUGCCGUCCUAGCAGCAGCUAACCCUAUUGGUGGCAGAUAUGACCCUGCACUCACCUUUGCUGAAAAUGUUGAUCUGACAGAGCCCAUAUUGUCAAGGUUUGACAUUCUGUGUGUUGUGAGGGACACUGUUGAUCCAGUGCAGGAUGAAUGUCUCGCACGGUUUGUAACAGGCAGUCACAUAAAGCAUCACCCGAACGCUACUGAGACUGAACAAGAUGCAAACCUGAACACGUUGAAUACAAACUCGUCCGUGGAGCCUAUCCCGCAGGAGCUACUGAGGAAGUACCUCAUCUAUGCGAAGGAGAAAGUCCACCCAAGACUCAACAAGAUGGACCAGGACAAGGUGGCCAAGAUGUACGCUGAGCUACGUCGUGAGUCCAUGGUAACCAACAGCAUUCCAAUCACAGUGAGACACAUAGAGUCCAUGAUCCGAAUGGCGGAGUCUCACGCUAAGAUGCACCUGCGGGACUACGUUAACGAGGAGGACGUGAACAUGGCCAUGAGAAUCAUGCUGGAAAGCUUCAUCUCCACACAGAAGUUCUCUGUGAUGCGCUCCAUGAGAAAGACAUUUGGCCGGUAUCUGGCCUUCAAGAAGGACAACAACGAGCUCCUGCUGUUCAUCUUGAAACAGCUGGCCGCCGACCAGAUGUCGUUCCAGCGCAGUCGCUAUGGCCAGGAGCAGGAAAUCAUUGAGGUCUCCUGCAAGGAUCUUGCUGACAAGGCACGCCAGAUCAAUAUCACUAACCUGGCUUCAUUUUACGAGAGCGAUACUUUCAAGGCAAACCGAUUCACGUAUGAUGGGAAGAGGAGCACGGUUGUCCAGCACUUGUGAAGAAUGAGUUGAAACAAGGGGGAGGCAUUAACUGAUGACUCGACUUGUAGACAUAUGACUCUAAUGUAUGCCCACCAAAAUAAACAAGAGCUUCAGAGCUUCAUUGAAAAUUAGGUUAACUUGAGUGACAGUUUUCGGAAUAGAACAAAAAUAAAAAAACUCGUGAAACAUUUUGUCCAGUACUAAUCACUGUUACAGCUGAUUUCUUUAUCCUGGAUCUGUUAAAAUGUGUUAUACAGUAUGUUGAUGAAUGUUUCUAUUAACUAUGUCUGUUUUGGUCCGUUAAUUGUUUUUACUAUUCCGCUUUAGUUUUGAAAAAAUUUAAAAACAAUAAUAAAAAACUGCAGGGUACAUGUUAAAAAAAAUGGAUUUGAGAUGUUUUCAACAUGUAUAUGUACAUAUAUAUAAUAUUUUACCUGCCAAUGUGUUCAUACUUGGUACAUAACCUGUUGUGUUCAUCUGUCUGGAAAUUUUGAUCUAAUUGCAUUUCACUGUCAACAAAAUUUUGUAUUAUUGUUAAUUAAAGUACUUUUUGAAUUGACACAUUCUAUAUUAUUCGAACAAUUUUCAUAAGAAUCUUUUUUGCAUAAAAGAUUUUUGGAAUUUUUGUAUUGAAUUGUAAACAACGAACAUGAUAUUAUUUAAAUAUAAUAAAAUAAGAAAACACAA